CUGAAACCAAUCGAAUCCCGAUCAAAUCAAUAAAUCUCAAACCCUUUACUUGACCGGCUCAAUAACUUAACCUGGUUUGACAACCUUCCAGCGGAAUUCACGGUGACACGGACCCAUAUAUUAUCCACGUCAUCCAUCCGCGUGUUGGGAAAUACAGGCCAGCGUUAUAAACUCUCUCUCCACCGUCAAUUAAUUCACGUAACUAAUCCGAAUCGCACGGCGGGAAGCUACCACGUCAGCAAUCCUGAACAAGACCCAAGGAACCAAUCAAAACCUCAUAAGCUCCAUAUAUAUAAAUAACCCGUCAUCUACCAGCUGUUUAUCUCACAACACGAUUCCUAUCUCAGCUUUUCCUUAUCUCUCCUCCUCGACCAAAAACCAAACCCUAAUUUCACCAGAAAUGGCACCCAAGGCAGAGAAGAAGCCCGCGGAAAAGAAGCCAGCCGAGGAGAAGAAGACGGUGGCGGAGAAAGCCCCGGCGGAGAAGAAGCCCAAGGCCGGGAAGAAGCUCCCCAAGGAAGGAGGCGCCGCCGGGGACAAGAAGAAGAAGCGGACGAAGAAGAGCGUGGAGACGUACAAGAUCUACAUCUUCAAGGUCCUGAAGCAGGUGCACCCGGACAUCGGGAUCUCGAGCAAGGCCAUGGGGAUCAUGAACUCGUUCAUCAACGACAUCUUCGAGAAGCUCGCCCAGGAAUCCUCGAGGCUCGCCAGGUACAACAAGAAGCCCACCAUCACAUCCAGGGAGAUCCAGACCGCCGUCAGGCUGGUGCUCCCCGGGGAGCUCGCGAAGCACGCUGUCUCUGAGGGGACCAAGGCCGUCACCAAGUUUACCAGCUCUUGAACUCAGUACGGGUUUGGUCCGCGAGGAAGAAUUGGGGGCCCGGGAGAAAUGUGUAUGUUUGUAUCUGGGUAGGAUUAGGGUUGUAGAUUGUUGCUUGUUUGGUACUUGGUGUGAAGCAAUUUUAACUUUUGAAAUUUGGAGCUUGGAUCUGCAUGACCUAGUUCGUUGUGUUUAAACUUUAUAUCCACUGCAAGAAAUGAAAAACUGCGAAGCAUUAAGGUCUUGUUUGUACCAGCUCAUUCUUUCAAUUGGGUUUGGUUGAGAAGUGUGAAGAACCAAAUGUAGAUUUGGGGAUGAAACAAGUGGAGGUGCGAUUAGCAGGAAGUACUGCAUUGGAACAGUUAAGCACAUGGUGUUUCUUGGAAGUACUGCAUCGAUCCUUUUGCCAUUCUGAUAAAAGUUGGUUCCCUCCUGCUUGUAUUUUGAUAAUUUUCAGGGUAAGAUAAUCGCACAGACGCGCUGUACUAUAGUAUAACCUGUGGAGGUUGUCUAUUUUCUCUAGCCAUCAGAGGGAAUAACUGCCACCCUAUGGUUCUAAAUCAAUGAUGAAACUUUUUAGGGAACACACAUGCAAAUCAGAGGGAAUAACUGCAACCAGCUACUCUAGCAAUGACAUAUAAAUAAAAGUGAUCAAUGCUAGAUGAGAACAUUAGUUCAGACAUUGUUUGCAUAUCAUACCAGUAAUCUCUUGGACCAUUCUGAUGAUGGAAAUCGCCAUUAGUUUGUAACUCUUACAAUAUGUACAAUGACAAACAACAUAGAUUUAAGUUAACUACUCAGACCUGUGAAACAAUGAAAACUUGGGUGCUUAACCAUAUCAAUAAUUCAAAAAAACAAGACACUGUUGCAGUUUAGGUAAGGCAAUAACUAUUGCAAGACUCAAAGUAAAAAAACUUCGUAACAAAAACAAAAGACAGAAGGACUGAGCCAAGAUCCACCAUUGAACUCUUAUGGUAUAUUAAAACAAGUCAAUUUGGUCUCUCAAUCAACAUCAAUUGAUGAAUUGGAAUAAGCCAGCCCUCAAUCAAUACUAGUUGCUGCUUUCACAGAUGAUAUGCUCAAAGUGGUUCUGGACAGGAUUGUAUACCUUACCUUCAAAUGAUCAAUAUUUGUAAGUUCACUGGGUCUGUCACUGAGAUAACUGAGCAUCUGUAUUAAUCUCUUUGUGUACAUCUCUAUGACCAAUCUUGGGCAUCAUAUCAUCUAGAUUCUCAUCAGACCUUGAGUUUAGAAUAAAAUCCAUUAGGAAGCAAUAUUCAUCAUCUAAAGUUGAACAACUCAAUAGAUAAGCACAGUUUCAUGGUUAAAACCCGGCUUAAACUAUACUCAGUACAGGUUGUAUAGUUUCGUGAGGUUUGCCAAGUUGUUGUGCCAAGUUGUUGUGCCAGUCGAUUUCCUCCGCUCUUCUUGUCCAAGACUGGCACAACAACUUGUCCAGUCUCAACUGAUCAAGAGGAACAGUCUCAAUUGCGAUCACUUCCCGUAUUCCUCCGCUCUUCUUCUGAUUCAAUCGCCGGUGAUUGAGGACGCAGCGAUCAAGCGGCGGUUGGAAUGAAACGCCGAUGAAGCUCCCUGCUAUAACCUUGUUUUCUAAUCGACCUGCUCUCGGCCUUCCAUCUCUAAUUCCUCCUCCCUUUCUCCUACAGACUCUUCCACAUCGAUAGCUCGUGUUCAACUGCUCCUUUCGCGGAAAUAACUUCUCGUUUAUGCUCAACUUCUAGUCCUGUGUCCAUCGCUUCAUUUCACCUUCCGUAUGCUUGCUGUCCUGUUGUUCUUGCUCUGUAACCUCUCUAGCCUCAGUUUGGCUUCACGGGGACCUUUUAGAUUUACAUCAAUGGGUGAACUUGACUAAUAAAAAUAGAAAAUAGCA